GUAAAAACAGACAAGAAAGAUGUUCUUGAUUUUGGUGACUUGACUUACGGAGGCUGGAAAGCUCUCCCAUUAAAACUGAUAAAUAGGACACAUGCCACCGUGCCAAUCAGACUGAUUAUUAAUGCUGAUGCGAUAGCCUGGCGCUGCUUCACGUUUUCCAAGGAACCCAUCUGUGCUUCUGUGAAAGCUGCUCCUUGUGCUGAUGUCACUCAGCUGGCAGCCACUUCUGUGGUCAAUCACCUGAUGCCUGCCAGUUACGAUGGACAGGAUCCAGAAUUUCUGAUAAUUUGGGUUCUUUUCCAUAGUCCAAAGAAACGAAUCAGUUUUUCAGCGAUUCUAGACUCAGCAGAGGAAUUCUUGGCAAGAGUUGAUAUAGAAGUUGACAGCCCAAACCCUACACCAGUUCUUAGAAGCGUUGGUCUCCGGGCAAGAGCAGGAGUAGCUAGGAUACAUGCUCCGAGGGACUUACAGACUAUGCAUUUGUUGGCCAGUGUGGAUUCCUUAACAAAGCAACACUUACCUUUGAAAAAUGCUGGGAAUAUUGCAGUUUAUUUAGACAUCAAGGUCCCAGAACAAGGAAGUCACUUUUCAGUGGAUCCAGAGACUCUAUUCCUUAAACCUGGAGAAGAACGUGAAGUUAUAGUUUCAUUUAUUCCAAAGGAUCUCAAAGUCUGUGAGGAAAGGAUCUUGAAAAUAUUUGUGCAGCCAUUUGGACCUCAGUAUGAAGUAGUAUUAAAAGGCGAAGUAAUAGUUUCUCCAGGAAAUAAACCUCUGCCACCUGGAUCUUGCUGCUCAGAUAUUCCAUCAAUUUUGUCCAACAAGCAGUUUCUGGCUUGGGGAGGUGUCCCUCUUGGAAGAACACAAUCUGCAGCCCAACACUUACGACUGCUUAUUAGAGGACAAGAUCAGGACUGCUUUCAGCUUCAGAAUACCUUUGGUUCAGAAGAGCGAUUGACCAGUAACUGUGAGAUCAGAAUUGGCCCGAAAGAAGACAUUAUCAUCUCUGUAUUAUUUGCACCUACUCGAUUAUCUUGUAUGUUGGCUAAACUAGAAAUCAAACAGCUUGGAAAUCGAUCCCAACCAGGCAUUAAGUUCACAAUACCUUUGUCUGGAUAUGGAGGAACAAGUAAUCUCAUUUUGGAAGGUGUUAAAAAAUUAUCUGACAGUUAUAUGGUAACAGUGAAUGGUUUAAUACCUGGCAAAGAAAGUAAAAUUGUUUUUUCUGUCCGCAACACUGGCUCUCGUGCAGCUUUUGUUACAGCAGUAGGUUUUAAGGAUUCUCAGAAAAAAGUUUUGCUGGAUCCUAAAGUAUUAAGGAUUUUUCCAGAUAAAUUUGUGCUCAAGGAAAGAACACAAGAAGAUAUUACUUUAAUAUAUAAUCCAUCAGACAGAGAGAGCUGUUAUAAAACUGGAACGGAACUGUCAACUAUAUACUUCUUUGGUGGAGAUGAAAUUUCAAGACAGCAGUAUCGAAGAACCCUAUUACAUAAACCAGGGAUUAUAAAACAGAUACUUCCAGAACAUAGUGUGCUGCAAAGCAUGAAUUUUGCUGAAACAUUUCAAGAUGAGCUACUAGUAACUGAAGUGUAUGAUCUUCCCCAACGGCCUAAUGAUGUUCAGCUCUUUUAUGGAAACAUGCGUAAAAUUAUACUUUCAGUAAUUGGAGAAUUCAGAGAUUCCAUUUCUAGCAGAGAAUUUCUUCAGCCUUCUUCCAAAGCUAGCUUGGAAUCUAAAAGUGAAUCAGAAACUUCUGGAAAACAUAGUGGCAAUGUCUCUUUGGAUGUUUUACCAGUUAAAGGUCCUCAAGAUUCUCUUCUCUCACAAGCUGUUCACCCACCUCAAGAUAAAUCAGUCACUGAAGAGAUAUGGACUGUCCAACCUGAACACUUGAUUUUGGUAGCUCCCUCUCCUUGUGACAUGGCAAAGACUGGAUGCUUCCAGAUUGUAAAUAAUUCUGUUAGUUUACUGAAAUUUGAGCUGUACUGGCCGGCUCAUUGCCUCACAGUCACACCACAAUAUGGAUUUAUUGCACCAGAGAGUAAACUACAAAUUCUUGUGAGUCCGAAUUCCUCCUUAUCCACGAAACAGUCAAUGUUCCCAUGGAGUGGUUUGAUCUAUAUACACUGUGACAAAGGACAGAAGAAAAUUGUGAAAGUUCAAAUUCGGGAAGAUUUGUCUCAGGAAGAGCUUUUAACUCGUUUGGCCUCCAGCUCAUGUGGAAUUCUUCCUUCAGCAUCUGAGCCUUCCAUUAGUCAUUUGGUAAAACCAAUAACAAAACCACCUUCCAUGAAGGUUGAAAUAAAAAACAAGACUGUUACUUUUCCUGUGACAGAACCUGGUAAAACUUCAGAGAGCUGGCUGGAGCUCGAGAAUCAAGGCACCACAGCUGUGAAGUGGCACCUGUCGUCUUUAGCGCCACCUUAUGUCAAGGGAGUUGAUGAAAGUGGAGAUAUUUUUAGAGCUACCUAUUCAGCAUUCAGAUGUUCUCCUAUUUCUGGUAUACUGGAAAGUCACAGAAUGCAAAGGGUCUCCAUCACAUUUUUGCCCAGAGAUAGAGGGGAUUAUGCCCAGUUUUGGGAUGCCGAGUGUCACCCACUUAAAGAGCCUCACAUGAAACACACGCUGAGAUUUCAGCUGUCUGGACGAAGUGUCAAAGCAGAAAAUGAAUCUGAAGGUGCAUGCGUGUCCAUGGCCACCCUCGCUAAAAUAGAUAAUUUAGUUAAGCCCCGAAGACAAGCUGUGUCAGCAGCUUCUGCUCUCAUACCUGGGCAGCUUGAUUUGACUCACUGUGGAGUUUAUGCCCCGGAAGAUAUGUACAGGUUUCUCCCAACUAGAGUGGGGGAAUCAAGGACGCUGAAGGUCAAUUUGCGAAACAAUUCUUACAUUACACACUUGCUGAAGUUUUUAAGUCCCAGAGAGCCUUUCUACGUCAAACAUUCCAAAUAUUCUUUGAGGGCCCAGCACUACAUCAACAUGCCCGUGCAGUUCAGACCAGAGUCCGUGGGCAAAUUUGAAGCUUUGCUUGUUAUUCAAACAGACGAAGGCAAGAAUAUUGCUAUUCGACUAGUUGGUGAAGCUCUUGAAAAAAAUUAACUAGAAUACAUUUUGUGUAAAAUAAAUUACAUGUUAUAUUUGGUAACUUCAUUUUUUUACACUACAAUUAUGCCUUUGUAUAUAUUUUGUAUGAUAAAUUGGAUAUGUAUAACUACAGUUAUUUUGUUAUGAGAAGUGAAUACUGAAAACCUGACUAAAAUAUCAUGUAUUUAGCCUACAGUAUUGUACUUAACCUUUACAGGGGAGAAGAGAGUUCUUUUUUUAAAUUGACUAUGAUAUUCUGAAUAAAUGACAUAUUUUAAUGUUGCAUAUC